UUGUACGAGGAAGUAAAUACAAUCAAAAUAAAAACGUAUGUUAUUGUGUUAUGUGCAAUCGUAACAAAUCAAAAGAGUAGUCGUAGUGAACCAUGUUGAAGUCUAGCUUUGUUAUCAUCGUUUUGGUCAUCGGUGUUCCCUUGACUGGGUUCUUGUCACGCAAGGUGGUUGUUACUGCAAUGUCCACGCAAUAUGAAGAUCGUCGUAGACCAUUGGAAAACAUUGCUGAAAAGGAGAACUAUGAACCUGAAACACAUACAUCUGGAGAAAAUGUGAUCCAGGAUGCACAACACCAAAAUAAACUUGAAAGGGAAAACAAUGGAAUUAACGACCGUGAAUUUUUACCAGACACCCACAUGCAAGAUGAUAUCAAUUAUUCCAGCAAUGAUAUGUCGCAUCAAAAUACACAAGGAAAUGAUGGCAUCGAAGCACCAUUUCUUGCUCUUGCCGAUACAAACCAUAAGACACCCACCGAUGACAAGUUUACAUGCAAGUUUAUUAUAACACCGGAGUCACAGGAUCGAUUUAUGGAACUUACCGAUUGCGAUAAAGGAAAGAAAAACUUUAUUUAUGUUCAUCUGAACUUCUCGACGCAGCCAGAAUUACCAAAAGGACCAGCAUUGGAGAAGGUGUUUUUCCCAUGGUAUCUAACAUGGACAUUUAAAGGCGAACCAGGGGCGGGGUAUCCCCUGCUCGGCUAUCCAUUUAACUAUGACAUCCUAUCGAUGGGAUUUCUAUACUGGCAUGUGAAGGAAAAUUUCACAAUAAAUAUUAACGUGAUGCCUCCCGGUUGUAAGUCAACAUGGGGCGAAAGGAACAUGAUGACAUCCCUUCUUCAAUCUGUCAGGAAACUGAGUGGUAAAAUAAAAUACAACGACACGACCGUUUGGUGUUACUCGGUAAAAUACGAAAUUCAUCAUUUCAGAAAGUGGUUGAACCAUGUCACUGGGGUGAAUCGUGAUGCCAACGGCUUCCAAUGCAGUGAACCUGAAGACCCUCAUAGAUUCAGUGUUAAUCGCGAACAGACUCGACUGUUGGUGAUACUGCAAGUUAUUGGCUGUGUAUUGUUCACUUAUAUGCCGUUACUACUUUACGUUUUUGACGAGGGUACACCAGGAAGGAUGGUUCCGAAAAAAGAGAUCCCAAUGGGGUAUGAACAAUUAGAAGGAACCGUGGACGGAGGACACGUUGAUUAUGCCGGGGACGAUAGUGACGAUGAGGAUGGCGAAAUAUUACAUCUCGGAACAGAGGCCCCAAUAACAUUCCUCGGUUUGUUGAAAACUGCAUGCCUCUCAAGAACAUGCUCGCAAUCUGUAAUACUACUAAGAAUUAAGAAAUGCUUAGCUAUUCUCGUAAUCGCCCCAUCUAUCAUAGCACUUGAGAUUAUCUUUACAUUUAUAUACAAAAAGAAAGCACUCUAUGUAAGAAUUUUAUCAGAUGUACCGAUAGGGUUUUUCGCAAUUCCAUUUGGGUAUGAACUCAGCAGUCGAAAUUGGUUAUAUUUUUUGGGUGGGCCAUACGUCAUAUAUAGUCUAUACUUCCUCUUUGCUGUGGUACUCUCGUGUCUUCCUGUCAAUUUGUGUGAGGUAUUGGCUACUGAUAUAGAUAAGGAUCGCCAAUCAGGCUGCAUGUUAUUCAUAACCUCUGACAUCAUAGAGGAUUUAGGUGGAGUGAAAUAUACCCAGCUAUCAGUAUCAUAUAGAAAGUUGUCUAAAGCUUUCACUGCCCGUCUUUACACUCUUUUACACCAUAAAUUCUGGGUAAUGUUUAAAAAUGUUUGGGUUGGACGAAUUAAAGCGGUAAGUAAAAGGUUACCAUUUCAAGGUUUGUUGAAACUAUGCGUUUGUUUGACAAUCUGUUUGCCAAUGUGGUUGGUUCUGUUCCUACUUUUCCUACUGGACAUCAUAAGCUGCAUAGUGUACUUUGGUGUUCCAAUUGUUUUCUUCACCAAAAUUGUGGCACAGAAUUACAUGCGGUACGUCCUUGACAGGUUUCUAUAUGACAACACGAGAGGCCAUUAUUCAGGCGAAGAUAUUAGCAAAAGGAUAGCAGGUUGGAUUAUACGUAUCACUUUAGUUGUGAUAUUAACGUAUGUGUUUUUCUGUGCUUAUACCAUGUACACUGUCACCGUCACAGCGAUUCUUCAUAUGUCUGUGUUCACUAUCGUUGGCAUUGUUGCCUUCCCCAGUGAGGCCAUUGUCUCCGUUCUUGGGACAGGCAUUGUUUUCAUGUACAUUUACAAAACGUUGAGGGGUUUCAAUGAUGGAUACAAUGAUCUACUGCUGUACACAAUCACUCUUUCGGAAGAAUUAAACACGGAGCAGAUAUUGAAAAAUUCAGCUACUGGGGAAACUGUAAAAUAUAUAACUAAACGAUCUGUAACAGGUAUCCCCGGGGUACCAGCACAUGUUUAUUACAGCCUGGUUGAGUCUUUCAGGCCAUUGAGGGUGCAAGUGUUUCUAACGUUCAUCUAUCUGGGCCUCAUUGCAGCGUUCAUGUACGUAUGCAUAUACGUCAUACAUUCAUACAAUAGAGAGGCUGAACUCUCAGUUCUUGUUAAGACUGUCGCAACUGUGAUUGCCGGGAUUCUACCACAUCUGGUCCAAUUAUGCUGGGGAUCAGUGAACCAGGAUGCAAAAAACUUGAGGUACAAACUUCAAAUCAAGGCAAGCAUAAGGGCACACUGGGAGCGCCAUAACCUAUAUAUUCAAGAAACUUAA